UGGGUUUUAGUAUCUGAAUUCUAAAUUAAGUUGUUUACAUUUUUUUGUUGAUACUUGAUUUGUAAUUUGUAUUUGAACGGUGUUGUACCUUGAGAAAAUUCUAUUUCAACUUUUCAAGUCAGCUUGGUCGAAUGAUUACAACCAUACGAGAUCAUGCGAAUACGGUUACUAUAGCAAUAUUUACACAAAUGCCAUAAGAAAUUGUGCUAUUCGUAAUAAAAACUAUUAAAGUAGGAAACUAGGAAAUYAUUUUCAUAAAAAAAACCAUGGGUCGCAGAAGUGGAAAAGCAUCAAAAUUGAAACGCCAUUCGUCUCUAGAUGAUUUAACUGGUAGACCAUAUAGAUUGCCAAUUGACCGAAAUCAAAUUCGUCGAGUUGACCAAAUUGAUAACCCUCAAAAUGGACAUGAAUAUCUUUACUUGGCUAGAAAAAUGGAAGAUAAAUUGCCACCAGUUAUGACYGCUACUAAUGUUGAACUUCAGGAAUUCAUAAACAAAUUUGAAAACAAUGCUCCUAAUUAUGUCAUACCUCAKCUUGAAUUGCCUUGCAUAAAAAAUAAGAAAUUACUGCCAACUAAAGCCGAAAUAAUGUCUUACAUUGAACAGUAUGAAGAUGCCAGAACCAAAAUUCAGGAUACCCGGAAAUGUAUUACUCAUCCUGAAAAUAUAUUGCCAACAUCUAAUUCACCAACUGCUUGGUUUACAUUUUUGUUUGGAAGACAAAUUAAUGCUUCUACUCCAGUGAAUCCUGUUCAUAAUAUUGACAAAACUGUUUACUUUUAUCAGAGCCACUGUGCUGCUGUUAUAUGUAACUUUGUUCAAUGGAUUAUGAAAAAAAUAAUAAAUACCAGUGAUGUAACUUCUUGGACCUUUUCUGUGUAUGCCAGUAUGGACAGUGAUCCAAGUGAAACUCUGUUGUCAGACAUGCGUAUACUUACACAGUAUUUUAUUAAUGCUCGGGCAGAAUUAGAAGAUCAUUUGGAUGUUUCUGCUUUGCGUUACAGCUGUUUAAUUAACUUAGUCUCAGAAAAAUUUAAGCAACACGAUCUAGGUGAUAUUUUUAACUAUAAAAAUCAUUAUUCUGGAAGUAGUAAGUCAAAAAACAAAAAUGAAGACUAAAUACUGUUAAAUGUGUUUAAUUCUUUAUAUUAUAUAUUUUUUGCUUAGUUCUAAGAUCAUGAAACUUUAACAUUAAUUUUUAACAAGUGUUUAUUAAUAAUGUUUGUUAUUUAAACUUAUUAUGAUUUAAGAUUAAACUUUAUUGAUGAAAGUUAGUUAAAUUAUAUUAAGUAAUAAAUAUUGAGUAUAUUAGUACAAGGGAGAACUUGAGAGCCAUAAAAAGUCAUUAUUUUAAUUAUUUACGAGUAUGUAGUAUAUCAAUAUAAUAACGCUAAUGUUUCAUAGUGAUUGGCAACAAUUUUGUCCAUUACUAAUUGUAACUUAUAACAGUCAAAAAAAUUUAAUAAAUUA